CGCUCACUGUCUCAGGCAAAGAGUUCCAGAGGCUGAUGAGGCCUCGUGCCCAUGUGGUGGGGUGCCUGGUCCACGGCUACAUGGUAGCAUUCGCAGUGACAGAGCCAGACUUGCCCAAGGACAGCGCAACUCACUGUGAGCUUAUCGCCCACAUCCUGACAAAGUUAGCUCAGCAAGGGGUGGUGCUUUCUGAAGUAAGCUUCAAACUCCAAUGUGAUAAUACCCCUCGAGAAUGUAAGAACGGGAUCGUCAUGGCCUUCCUAACUUCGCUGGUGAGCCGGGGAAUCAUUCGGGAGGCCACAUUGUCCUCACUACGCACAGGUCACAGUCAUGAGGACAUAGACCAAACAUUUGGUCGACUCGCUUCCUUCAUGAUUUCCCACAGUGCUCAAACACCCAUCGACUUCGUGCACGUUAUCCAAGCUUUCCUCCAACAGUCUGACUUUCCUUUUGAGCCUGCAGCCCACCGAUGGGCUUUCAAGAUGGACCAAACCAGGGAUUGGAAACCCUUCCUGCAAGCUGCUGUGCCAGUGCACCUCAAAGGCAUCGGAGGUAGCGGUUUGCAGCCGAAUGAGAUUGAGGACAAGCACUUCAAGCUGAAGUUGGGCCAAAUGGGAGCGGACGACGUGAUUCUGAGGAUCCAGCGCGUGGCCCAGAACCGCAAGGCUCUGGCUGUGUACAUGCAGCAGGCAGAGGACCGCAGAAUGCUUGACAUUGCUGCCCGGACUUGGGCGGGCGGAGUGCCCUGGGAUGAGGUGUGGGACAAUGCAGCCUCCGUAGCUCGCGCUUUCCAAAUCGGAAAGUUUGAAAGCAUGUCGGUGGUCAAUCUGCAAAAAAAUGUGGCUAAGCCGGUGGUGGAUUCGCUUCGACAGGCCGUUCGUAUGCGCGGGAUGCGCGGUUUCCUGCACCACGAAACCGUCGCGAAGGGCGUGUUCAAUUUGGCCUACUCAUCGGGCGCCAGUUCGAUUCCUGGGGCCGAAGUGUGGUCUAGCCAGCUCACAAACAAGGAUGACAAUGAGCUUGCUUUGCUACUUGUGCGCCGCAUGUGCCAAGACUGGGACAAGUUGGCACCGAACAUGUGCAAGAGUUGGGGCUUGCGUGAGAGCAAUCAAUUGCACGCAUGCUGUGGAGGCUUCUUGUAUUUCAUGGGACUGCUGCGAGAGAAGGUGCCAACGAAAGAGUAUGAUGAUGUUGCCAGCGAUCUACAAAAGCAAUUCAUGAUGGGGAGCAUUUGCACGGACAUCGCGGAGCGCGGCAAGCGAGAGGUUGAGGAGCGUGACCGUGAAUUGGCUGACCAGGUGAACACAGCCACUUUGAAGCAGCUCCAACUCAAGUUUGAGGCGGACUUGGGAGUGCUGAAGGAGCGCGUGCCUACGAAGGAGAAGGAAGCGCAAGAGGCGGCCCUCGACAUCAAAUACUUGGCUCAGAGACAGAAGACUGGGCAGGAUUACACCCGAGACUGGCUGGAGACGAGCUGCAAGUUCAUUGUUGUUGACAGCGCAAUGAGUUCUGCCGUCAGAGCACUGACGUCUCAGAUCAGCAAAUUGACAGAAGGCGGAGGCCGUGCGAGGAUCAUUGAGGAUCACCUGAUGGGCGCCGGCCUGGAUGUCACGCAAACGGUUGCAGUGAACUUUGCGCAGCCACAGGAUGCACGGUCUUCUGAUCGAAGAAGUGGGAUCCAAACGUGCAUCGCAGUCACGGGAUCUGGCACGAGAGCGUCCCUCCAUUGGUCGCCGCCUGCCUUGAUUGGGCCUUUGACCCUCAUCAAGUUCACAGACCUGAUUGGAUAUGACGCUGAUGUGAAGAAGGGACUUGCAGUCCACAAUGGCAUCAUCGAUGCAUACCUGAACGGGCUGACGCGAGAUCCCGAAGACAAAGUGAUAGUCUUCGACAUCCUCCCCAACAGGUACGCGGAAUUUGGCCGCGCUGUUUGCGAGAGACGCUUGGCCGGGCACACACCUUCUCUCUCUUACAUGGGAUUGAUCAAGGACUCGCAGAAGGAUAACCUUGCUGCAGUGGAGGAGAUGGUAUAUAACCAUUGGGAUGGUAGCUCGCACGCGCCAGCAAAACAACGUCCCAAGGAGGAGAAGGAGAAACCUUCCCUGUCACUGGUCCUGUGGCACAACAACCGGCCAAUCUUCCCAGAUGCUUUGGUCAGGAAAUUUGCUGACGGGAGUGAACAGCAUGCGCAGAUUCUGCGGAUGAAGAAGGAGUUGGAAGACUUGUGGCCUUCUUCCGCUGGUGGGGAGAGCGCCGUUGUGAGCGCAAGGGCUGCCGGCUCGCCUGACUUUACUGGGACGCGUGUGUUGGACCUGUCUCGGGAGGUUGACCUUGCCAGAACGCCGUCCAGCGAGUUCAAGGAGGACCGGUUGGCGCUGUGCCCCGGAAAGGCGAACAGGCCUUCGAUCCUGAUCACGAAGUCUUUUGAUAUCUACCUCGGGAACUUGAACUCGGAGGCGAUGGAU